CCGCCUCUCGCUGCACCCCCGCGACCCCUCGCUCGCCCGCAAGGUCAGCCCCGCAUGCAGGCGGGUGGCGCGGCGGCGCGGCGACGCGCUGCGCUCUUGAAAUUUCGCUUUCGUUCACUCGCGGUUAUUAGUCGGCCGCGCGCGCUCCGGCAAGCAUGUGUCUCGCGUGACGCGUUACAGUACAUCGCCAGCACGUUCGAUUUCAUUCGAGUCGAUCGUGAGGCAUGGCUCCACGACGACAAGGCGCCACCGGGGAACGGGAGUCGGAGGACGCUCACGGCUGUUGUGUACCCGGAGAAUGUCUCAGACCUCGAGAACCUGUGCGUGUUGAGGACGCAAUUCGCGUACUAUGCAACAAUGACACGUGCGCCGCCGGCCGAUACAUGCACAGAGAAUGCUUCGAGCAAUGGGAAGCCGGGGUACUCGCUUAUCUGAAAUCGUGCGGCCGCGCCAGGUCCUGGUCAGAGAGGCAAAGACAUCAAAAUCUGUGGACGAAGAAGGGCUACGAUCUAGCAUUUAAGGCCUGCGGUUGCCGAUGUGGGCGAGGACAUUUAAAGAAAGAUCUCGAUUGGAUUCCACCGGGAACAGCUAUCAGGGCCGAGGAAGAGAAGAAGAAGCGUAGGCGAGCUCGUCCUGGCAGGACUCCGGCGGCGGUAGACACGCGCUCAAGGGCGUUCAGUCUUUCAAGUUCAGGGUCAUGCUCGCCGCCAUCCGCACCUUCGGAGCCAUCGACAAGCCCGACACACGCUCCACCACACUCGCUGACACCAGCCAAGAGGAACUCUAAGCCCGAAAUAGUAUCCGACAGAGUUAGGGCGGGUGCUGGCGCGAAUGGCAUAUUUUCAAGACGACUAGACUUCUCCACAUUCAACCUGCUCCCCAAAUAUAAAGUCAACUCGUAUCAGAUCAAGAUUGAGGAUGAAGGCAACCAUGGCAACGAUGACACACGUUUGUUCAUUCUAUCCACCUUGGCUGGACAGCACAAGCCCCGUGUAUCAUGUGCGUUGUGCAAGGAAACCCUCCACGUCUUCGACCGAUAUCCUUUAGUGGAUGGCACAUUCUUCCUUAGCCCUCGACAGCAUACCAGCAGUGCUGUUGAGGUAAAAGUGGAAGGACGCACGCAAUUUUUAACUUGCGUAUGCAUGGGAUGCCUAGAGCGAUGUGACCCUGAACGCACAAUUCGCUGUCGUUUUUGUGGGCAAAAGUGGGAUGGCUCCUCGUUGGUGCUCGGUACCAUGUACUCUUAUGACAUCUUUAUGGCGACACCUUGUUGCGCUGAAAGACUGAAGUGUAACAACUGCUACAAGCCGCUUCUCCAUCCACACCAGCGGCUGAACUACUCCGACUAUUCGCAUCCACUAACAUGCCCGCACUGUCGUGUGGUGGACACGCACUUCGUUAAGCCGUUGUCCUACUGCUUCACCAAACGGGUGUUCCCGUUAUUCCAGCAGUGGCCAUAACAAACGGCGGUGCCGGGGCCAUCUCCCGGCACCCCCCCUGACACGUGGGUGGCGCCAUCGCCGCGUCGUUCCCCGCCAGCAUUGCGCCCCGUCGUCAACACUAGCAUGGCCCGCGCGCCGGAGCCGAUAAUAGAUGAUGCCAAGUUCUUGACGCCAGCCUUGACGAGUAUAACCGAAUCCUUGUCUCUGUUGGGUUUGAGCCCCGAAACGCUCGCCAUGAGUCUAGGCGAGUCUUUGGCGGAGCGGUAUCUGGCCGCUCUCCGACCUAAGCCGGUGCCCCUGGCUUCCUGCGGCGCCCCUCGUCGCCAACCUCUAAGUGAACCCUCCAAUCUUCAAUUGUUCUCCAACGACUUCAUCGAUUAUCUGAACCAAAUCGCGUAAGCCGUGCCAUGUGGACCAGUGCGUUUAUGAACUUUUGUGCGUCCUCGUCGAGGCGCUAGGAAUAAUUUUUGUUAAAAUUAAGUUGGUAUUAUUGAAAAUAAUUUUAUGUAUCGGUUUAGAUCAUACUAUUGAUUUUAUUUUAAUUUUAUUCUGCACUUUGUUGAUUAAAAUAGUUAGAUGUUGAUUUUAACAAUAAAAAUAAUAAUUGAUAAGAGGUAUGUUUAGUGACGCCAGAAAUUGCAUUUCUUUUUGUUUUCCAUUGAGUUUUGGGCCGCGACGUUUCCUUCAGAAGGAGAUGAAAGAGAAAAAAAAAUUGUUUUGAAAUUACCUUCAAUUUCAGUGAUACUGAUAUGAACCCUAUGUAAUAGGGGUUUGAGUGGUGUGUUGUUUAGUUCAAUUUAGUUUAUUAGUUAUGUUUUAUUUUAGCAAAAUUUUAAACUUUUAAACUUAACCUUAAGUGUUAUACAAUAUUUUUGUAGUUUUAUCGCGAUUUUUCUUUUCUCCCACCAAAUAGCAUUGCAUUCACAGAAGGGGUUACGGAUGCCAUGUUAGUUAUAUAUACUUUUUUUUUUAUUUUCCAUACAUUUUCACUUAAUGGUAGGGGGAUUUUAAUAUUAAGUGAUUGCUGUGUCACCAAUAAUACGAUUAGCUUGUCGAUAUGUAUUACAUCGUAGGUAACGUUUGUAUCUGUUUUGUUUUUACUUAAAAGAUUUAAUCAAUUCAGUGAUCAGCGGAGUUUAAUGAAGAGUGUAUAGUGAUAUCAUUAUAUUUGGAAUCGUGCCAUAUCAAAUGAAAAAAUUCUUCAAUAAUCAGAACGCAUGUUAAAAUUAUAAGGUCUCCCUCCGCUUAUCACUGAACGCAUUUAUUUAUGUGAAACAAGCAAUUUUUUUUAUAUAUAUAUAUAUACUUUAAUUGGGAUAUUUCUUGGCUACGUCAUAAUUUAGACUUAAGGUUUUUUCUUAUAAUUAUCAUGGAUGUCUAUUUAUUUAUAAGAAUAGCGCUUCAUAUUACUAAGCGUAUAAGUAAUGCACAUUUACUCAUUAACGUCUUAAAGUUACGGUUUAGGUAAGUUUUUUAUACAUUUGAUACUUAUUACUCGCAAAGUGAUUACAAGUGAUAAAACUCUUAGUAAUAGUGCGUGUUUAGGGCGUAGCGGUUUGUGACCAAGUGGUGCGGUGAUGUAGGCGCUUAUAUCCUUAACGUUUAGGGUAACGUGAUAUCCGUGGACGAAGGUUCACCGUAGGCAAUAAUUCUUUGAAGACUUGAUGAUUUAUAUAGGUAAAAAUUUUUGCAUUAUUCUAAAUCAAAACUGCCAUUUACAUUUUUCUAAACUAAUCGCUGUCCCGGACGAUUCCGGGGCAUGUGUUUUGGACUGAUACGACUGUUCAUACAUGUUGCGUAGUUGGUAGAUCCGUAGGGUAUCAUCGGCUAUCACACCUAAUCACAUCACGCCAUCACGUUAUCACGACACUUCAUCACGUCACGUCAUCCGCAUCACUACACCUCAUCUGUCAUUCGUCAUCAGGCACGUUUGAGUGGCGGCGAACUGGCUCGCUAUUGGACAUGAGAGUUUCAGUACAAUAGUACGGCCUAAAAUAGUAACCAGUUCGCUGAGUGUGGUUGUUCUUAAAAUACCUCUCGUUUCUUUUGUUUUUUUUUUUUUUUAAUUUUGUACUCUCUUGCUUGAAGUUACUCUUAAGAUUGAGAAUUAUAUCGAAAGUAUGAUAGCACAGUAUAGUAUUGUAAAUAAUGCCGUUUAUCUACACGCAGAUGCUUACAAAGUGUUUAUUGAGAUAUAUUAUAACAUAUAACUAGUUUAGCCAUAAAUCGAUAGUACAUAGACAACAAUAUCAAAUAUCCCUAAUUAUUUUAACGUUCGCCGAGCUGUAGCGUCAUGUCAUAUGUUAAUCAAUUUUAAUUUUAUCGAAGUUUGCUCGUUCGAAUAUAGAAUUAUAUUUAAAAAGUUUAAUGUGCAUUUUAUGAAUGUGCGCAACCAAAAAAAAAAAAAUUAUUGAAAAAAAAAAUUAAAAAAAAGUGACGAGCUGUUGUUGGUAUAUUUAGGAAAAUAUUAAAAAAAAAAAAGAACCAGAUCAUCUGAUGGUGGCCAUGUACAAAUGAAUAAGUGAAAUGACAUUACAGUUCGGCUAUUUAGCGAAGACACAAAUUAUAGAAACAUAUUGUUUAAUAGUCAAUACAGAGCCAUCUAAGUAGAUGUUUAUAAAGGAUUAUUAUGACGCGAAGCAUCAAGUCAUAUACCCUCACUCCGGUACAAAACAAAGUAAAUACGAUAUAUUGGAUUAUGAAAUAUCCACUUUUACGAGUUUAUAAAGAGUCCUCCCAAACAAUAAGGAUCUUUUUAUAUUAUAUAAAGUAUGAAAAGUAUGACAUUACCUCUCUAGAUACUAAAAUAGAAAAAUUUAUAUAAAGGCUCCUAUAUGUUUCCAAAUAUCUUCUAUAUAAUAACUCGAUACAUAGUACUUUGAGGCGUGAAGUACAAAACACGGGAUAGCGGAUAGUCUGAACAUCUUUUAUCUUCCUCUUGAGUUUGUUUUGUGAUAUGAUAUAUUGAUUUAACCCUCUUUAGUACAAUAUAUAAUAAUUUAACAACCUUUUUACUUCAAUUACUAUAUAAUUGCGUGUAAUUUUAUAUUUAAUAUUGUUAAGUAUUUUCCUAAGUCGAACUAUAAAAUUUAGAAUCACCAGUUCAUAAAAAUCGUAACAACUGACAGUUCUUCCAUCUUAUCAAUAAUAAGAAACGUGCUGGGGUUCCUUUAACUAAAAAGGUUUUAAUAUAACCGGCUACACAUAUAAAACAUUAAAUGGAUACGAUUCGAAACGAAGGUUGUAUAGGUUAUAGGAGGCAUUUUAAUAGUUUGACUUUUCCUACAUUAUACUUCAGAUUUAAAGGUAGUACGUUUUAUUAUUCAUAUUCUACUCGAUUAGUUAUUUGUUCAGUUUAAAUAAAUGUAAUUACACAACGUUGCCGACUUCUUAGUUUAUUUGCACAUAUUUGUUAAAUUUUGUAAUUAAUGACAAUUUAUUUAGACACCGACAUUCGUAUUUCUUAAUGUUGAAUUAAAUGUGGUGUAAUUUAGUGAAUUGCUUAAAAGUACAAAGAAAGGAUUUGUUACUUUUGCAAAUUUUAUAUAAUAAAUCGAAUACAUAUUAAAAAUAUCAGUGAUCUAGAUAAUCUUUACAAAAUAGUUGCUGUGAAUCAUAUGAUAUGGAACAGUGGUUGUUUCAACAAAACGUGUGACUACCGUUGAUUUUAUUUUAAAGAAAUUUUGUUUUAUGUUGAUAAAUUAGGGACAAAAAUUGUUACUUAUUAUAAAACUAUAUCUUAGACCUAUUGAUUUUUUCAUUUUAUAUUUAUUUUAUCGUAAUUUAUCAUGUUUUAGAACAGUCUAGGAGCACUCCGUAGAUACCAUCGGCGUAAUACUUGCUGAAUUAGGUCUUAUCUUGCUUCACUAACCUAGGUUGGUUUAAGUCUAACCUACUUUUAUCGAUAAUUCUCACUAAGUAAGUUUCCUUUAAAUAGUGUGCGAAUGGGAUGCGUGUUUGUGGUCACAUUUAUAUUAAGUCAUCGUAUAUUCUUUUCAUUACUUAUCGCUAAUAAUCUCUAAUGAGAGGAUAUAUUCGUGUAUUUUCUGGUCAUAGGCGCCGCGAGGCAGCGUGCGUGUUUAGGAAGUAACGACUUCGCUAUCGUUACGUUGAAUACACUCUAUAACCCCACCCCAUACUUCUUACUGUUCACACCAUAAACAUAAUUUGUUCCAAAUAAGUUCUGUGGUCCUAAAUUGACAUAGAUCUUAAAAGGUCGCGCUUGCAAAAGAGAAUCGGGUCGUUUCUAAAAUUAUCCUCGUAAUUUCUAAAAUAAAUUUUAACGGAAACGUAAAAAUGUCCGUGAUUAAAAAUAAUUAUGGGUCGCUUAACUAUAAGUAAUAUUGUCACCUCGUGUGGUUAAUGUGGUCGUAUUAAGAAUUUGGGAGUUUAAAGAGUCAAGAUUCGAUGACCCAGAACUAAAGCUCAAAUAAUUCAAACGCAUUGGCUGAUUAUAGUAUACGGCUGUUAUUGGUUAGUGAAAGCAAAUCAUGUGUUAAUUAUAUUUUGAUAUUCGAUGUUUUCUACAUAAAAGUAGUGUGUAACCUUUUGUACUAACUGUAUUUAGGGCUUGUGUCGCGCUCCAUCGCAUUUAUCAAUUAGUGUCACGAGAUAAAUACAAUAAAUUUAUUUUUGUAUCACAAAAGUUAUGAAUGCGAUGUGAUUGUGGGUAAUACGUUACAGAAUUUUUUUCGGGAAACACCACUUUGAGAACAAUACAUAAAAGACUGUUCGAUUAAAACAAAAAAUCAUAGAUAACUAACUGGUUUAAUAUUCCGACUGAACAUUUACAAACUAUUUUCAAUAUUUAAAGACAUUAGCUUAAGAGAUAUUAAGCUGGCCAGAUUGUCUUGAAGUGGGACCGAUAUUUCACAAACCAAGCUUGCGACUCAGAAUUUAACAUAAAAAAUGAAAUGCGGAAUUGUGGUAAAAUUGGUGAUAAUCCUACGAAUUGGUUAAUGAUAAUAUAAGUUAUUGCGUGGCAAAUAGACUUACGUAAAGCGCGGGGUGUAUCAGGGUAUGAGUGUCAUAAUUUGUAAUAAAAAAAAAAAAAAAAACUUUUGUACUUUCGUAAUAAAAAUAA